CUUUCCUCUAUAUGUUUGACUCCAUAUUCAGAUCAGAGUUCCUGACUCAAGAACAAUUGAACGCACUUCACUUAUACAAGUAUGGAGCCAUCGAUCGUUCUUUCGUUACAAAAUAUAUCCUCAGCCAUUAUUGGAAUUGGUGUGUUCAGUUCUUUCCGAUCAAUAUGGCACCCAAUUUAAUCACUUUGACCGGUCUCUUCUUUAUGAUCAUCAAUGUCGCCUUUGCUAUCUUUUUGGCGCCAGAUAUGGGUGUUGGCGAAGAAUCAGGUCCCCAUUGGAUCUACAUUAGUUUUGCUAUCGGAUUAUGGCUCUACUCCACAUUUGACAAUGUAGAUGGUAAGCAAGCAAGACGUACCAAUUCAUCCAGUCCCCUGGGCGAAUUAUUUGAUCAUGGUUGUGAUGCUAUUAAUUGUUCAUUUGCUGCUAUCUUGCAAUCCACCGCCCUUGGUUUAGGCCAUUCUAAGGCAAGUGUAUUAUUAUACGGAAUCGCUAUGAUGGGAUUCUAUCUCUCCACAGUAGAAGAGUAUCAUACAGGUGUUCUCUAUUUGGGUUAUGUCAAUGCCCCUACCGAAGGUGUCAUUCUCUCUUGUAUUGUAUUCGUUCUUUCCGGUAUUUAUGGCCCUGGCGUUUGGAGAUUACCAUUGAAGGAGGUUGUGCAAGUCUCAUGGCUUCCUUCGGCUGUAACGGACAUGUAUCUUUCACAUGUUGUCAUUUGGUGGAUUGGACUCUUAUUUUUGUUUACGCAUGUCCCACUCUGUUUCUAUGCCAUGUACAAGGCUUGUGAAGAGAAGAAGAAGCCUUUUGUGAGAACGAUGCUUGCACAAAAUACACCCAUCGCUACUUAUAUCAUUAGUUUGUACUUGUGGGUCAUGUCUCCUUAUUCGACCAUCUUGACACACCGUCAUUUCAUCUUGUUUUCGAUCACGACAGGUAUUGUUUUUGGAAGAAUGGCUACCAAGGUAAUUUUGGCUCACUUGACCAAAUCGAAAUUUCCUAAAUUCACGGUGCUGUUGAUCCCAUUAAUUGUGGGAGCGGUUGUGACCAAUGUACCCCGCCUUUUCCCUUCAGUUGGACCUAUUUUUACGGCGGAGUCAGAGUACAUGUUUUUACUUGCAUAUUUUGUAUUUGCUGUCAUUGCCUAUAUGCGUUGGGCCAUUGUCGUUAUCAAUAGUUUCUGUGAUUUCUUGGGUAUUCAUUGUUUAACUAUUCCCAACCAAAAGAAAGUAGCCUAGAUUAUAGACUUUUUUUCUUUUUACACACACCUAAUUAUUGUUUGUUUGUAAUAUACCCUUAUUUUUUUUUUUAAAAAAA